CCUAUAUUUGGACGAAUCAUAACCGCCGAUUAUUGUUUCUAGUUAAAUUAAUCUUGGGGUAUAAGAUUUAGAGAAUUCAGACAUAGAUGUUGAUCUUUAAGGAUUAGAGUAUAGUAUCAUGUCCGAAAGAUCAGUCAAUUAAAGUUCUAGAUAGCGUUUUUUUACUCAAGGUAUGCGGUACCCCGGAUUUCACCCUGGGUACCGUAGAAUUCGCCAUAUAUAUAUAUGUGAAAUUGAACAUGUAGGAGAGGUUGCUGGUGGGGCUGGCGGCAUAGGAAGGACAAUGAAGGUUAAGUGAUCUGCGCAGAGGAAACGUGGUGGUGAGGCAUGCGAUGUUGCUGUUGCUCGGAGGUGAAGGUGCUACGAAGAAAUGAGGAAAGAAUGGUGUGGUCAUCUGAGGCAUCUGAAGAAGGUUGGAGGACACUCUUCGUGGUGAUCGACAGGAAGAAGAGAAAGCAAUUGGAGAAAGCUCAAAGCUUCAUCUUUGCUCCCAAUCGCAAUCAAACUGUUGUCGUAGUCUCCGCUGCUAAGAUUCAAGCCAUAACCUCCUUCAAGCUCUCCAACGCACUCCGAAAUCCUUAGCUCGAGAUCGACUCAUCAUGUGAAGGUGAGAUCUUCCAUCGACAGUGGGGAUUGAUGAGGAUUUGAUCUUACAUGGACAAGGUGAAGAAGAGGAAUUUGGUGUUGUUGUUUUAACUAUCAAAUCUCGAGACCAAUUCAAAUUUGGAGAUGUUUUCCUCUAUUCUAGUAUGAAUUUCGACCAUUGUCAGCCUUCUCCUGUUCCAAUCCAUUUAUUAAUCGUCGUUGCUUUUCUCAAAUCUCCACAUCCAGCUCCAUUGGCGAUGAUUGUCCUUGUUUGAUGAUCCAAAACAAGGAAAGCCCUCCCAUGAUGCGGUCGCCUUCGUCGCUACCCCUCCGUCGUCUAACCACUAGCUAGGGUUAUCUUUUAAUAACAGAUGAUGGGGCUC